UGUCAAAGCACACACCAACUCCUCCAGACCCAGCGGCAUCAUCAUCAGCUACCUGUUCAGAAGUGAAGUAGCAAGGCGAGGUCAGGCGGCAUGGAUUCAGGCAAGGAGGCGGCGGCGAACGUGGGCGCGUCGGCGCGCGCCGGCAUGGAGAAGACGAGGGCCGCCGUGCAGGGGCAGGUGGACAAGGCCGCGGCGUACACGACGGGGCACAAGGAGGCGGCCGAGAUAAACAAGGAGGCGGCCAAGGUGAAGAUGCAGCAGAGGGUGCACGCUGCCGAGGAGGAGAAGCAGCGCGCCAUGCGCGAGAACGCCGCCGCCAAGGAGCACGCCAGCGGCGCCGGGAAGGAGGAGGAGGAUCACCACGACGGUCACCGCCCGGAGAGCGGCCACGGUGGGGAGUGAAGCGCGGGCGGUACGCUGAGAGCUCGGCCGGCUUGGCACAACGGCGCAUCGCCCGAACGACCGGCGGUCACUCCGGCUCGCUGAUUCUGUUUUGUGUCGGUUUCCAUUUUGCUUGUAAAUCUGAUGUGUACUCCCAAAUCUGAUGUGUACUCCGGCUCGCUGAUUCUGUAAUAGGAUGUGUGUGAGAACGCAAUACAAUUGUAAGCUGCAUGUAUUAGUUUUUUCUCGAGGGCAGUGAGUAAAAGAGUUGUCCAAUUAUUCAGAGUAAAAUGGUGUUGCUAUUA